UCCGGUUCGGCCAGUGUUCAGAUGGUGCUAUGGCGGGCUUCAUGUAUGCGCCGUAUAAUGUGUAUCAGGGCUACGGCGGGAAUUUUGGGCAGAACCCGCACGUCGCGCAGCCCUUGGCCAAGAACAAGCAGGCGGCAUGGAAGUCCAACAAGGCUUCUGAGCCCACGGAUUACCUGGAUAACUUCCAGCGGGCCCAGCUCAAGGCCAUCCUCUCCCAAGUCAACCCCAACCUCACUCCGCGCCUGCGCAAGGCCAAUACCAAGGAGAUUGGGGUUCAGGUGAACCCGCGGGUGGAUACUGGGGUACAAUGUUCCUUAGGGCCCAGAACUCUGCGCCGCCCGCCGCCUCCCCCUUGUAGUCCGGUCAAAGCUGCUGACUGUGUGCGCUUCACCCGCCCGCUGGCCGUGUAUUCCCCGGUGGUGGACAGACGACUGUUCUCCCUCCCACAAGGCGGCCGCCUGCCCAAGAAGAGCCCCGACAGCCAAUCACAGCCGCUGAAGGAGAGAGCGCCCUCCCCCGAGGAUAAGGAGCGAGAGAAGGUUUCGGAGAAGGAGCCGGACACUAAAGACGAGUUGGAGAAAAGACCAGUCCCUGGUACUGAGGAGCCCGGUAAUGAGGAGCAGACGAAAUCUGCCUUCCAGUUCCUGGAGCAGAAAUAUGGCUACUUCCACUGCAAGGACUGCAAAACCCGAUGGGAGAGCGCCUAUGUCUGGUGCAUUUCUGGGAGUAACAAGGUUUAUUUUAAACAACUUUGUCGCAAAUGCCAAAAAGGAUACAACCCUUAUCGAGUGGAAGCCAUUCAAUGCCAGGUUUGUGCCAAAACUCGUUGCUCUUGUCCCCAAAAGCAAAGGCAUAUAGACCUGAAGAGGCCUCAUCGGCAAGAACUGUGCGGUCGUUGCAAAAACAAGAGGCUCUCGUGUGACAACACUUACAGCUACAAGUACAUCGUCUGAUGUGGGGCAAGGAGGGAGUAUAAAGCACAUGUUUGUGUGGAUACAGUGCACUUUCUAGAAUUAACUUAAACGGCUUUGAAUCAUGGCUUUUGACCCGGCAUUGGCGAAUGGAUUACGGACUUUUGUAUCUGGUUUUUGUAAAAUGAUAUAACUUUGUAAAUAAAGCUAUUUGGAAAUAC